AUGCGCUUCAACGACGGCUUCUGGCUCCUCAAAGGCGGCGUCAAACCUGCCCACGCCCUCCAGGUCGUCCAGGGCCUCCCUGACGGCGAUGGCUACAACUUCCAGGUCUCCACGAAGCCCAUCCGCCAUCGCGGGGACACCCUUGCGGGCCCCGUCAUAAGCAUUCGAGUGCAUUCACCCACUGAGGGCGUGAUCGGUGUCAAGAUCGAGCACUUCAAGCAUAUCAGCCCCACUCCAGACAUUCCCCUGUUCCCUGACGACCCUCCCGUGCCUUCUGCAUCUCUCUCCAAGACAGACAACACAUGGACGGUCUCUUCCGGCGGUCUCACGGCCGAAGUCACUCAGAACCCGUACACGGUCACCUUCAAGUCGCCCACGCGUACCCUCACUUCCGCGGGCUACAAGCACCAGGGUAUCUAUGAUGUCCCAUACAAAUGGACGCUUCGGAGCGCGUCCAACAGCUCGUGUCUCGCGACGGACCUCAGCUCGAACCCCCGUCCGGAGGCGCCACCCGAGUACGUGCGCUAUAUCCACUCCGAGCUCAACCUCUCCCCGGGUGAGCUUAUUUACGGCAUGGGCGAGCAAUUCGGGCCGUUCGUCAAGAACGGUCAGACGGUGAGCGUGUGGAACCAGGACGGGGGCACGUCCAGUGAGCAGGCGUACAAGUGCGUACCGUUCUACAUCACGAACCGCAACUAUGGCGUCUUCAUCAACCAUCCGGGCGAGGUCGAGGUCGAGGUUGGGAGCGAAAAGGUCAGCCGGGUCGGCGUGAGCAUCGCAGGAGAAGCUCUCGAGUACUUCAUCAUCUACGGGCCUUCUCCGCUUGAGAUCCUAGAUCGCUACACUCGCAUGACUGGUCGUCCUGCCCUCCUUCCCGCUUGGACCUUCGGGUUGUGGCUGUCGACAUCAUUCCUUACUUCGUACGAUGACAAGACAGUGGCUGGAUUCCUGCAGGGCAUGCAGACACGGAAAUGUCCGGUCCGGGUCUUCCAUCUUGACUGCUUCUGGAUGAAGCAAUACGAGUGGUGUUCCUUCACAUUUGACCCGGACUUCUUCCCUGACCCCAAGGCUUAUCUUGCCGAGAUCAAGCAGAAAUAUGGCGUGAAGAUCUGUGUAUGGAUCAACCCGUACAUCUCCCAACUUUCUCCCAUCUUCCAGGAGGCAGUCGAGGGUGGGUAUCUCAUCAAACGCACGGACGGCACUCCAUGGCAGUGGGACUUGUGGCAGCCCGGUCUAGGCGUCGUCGACGUCACACAUCCAAAGGCGCGGGAAUGGUACGAAGCGAAACUGGACGCUCUCGUUGACCUCGGCGUUGAUACGUUCAAGACGGACUUCGGAGAACGCAUCCCCCACGCGAACGUGGUCUUCCACGAUGGCUCAGACCCCUACCGGAUGCACAACCAGUACUCUGUCAUUUACAACGAGAUGGUAUUCCGUCUGCUGGAGCGCCGCUUCGGCAAGGGUGAGGCCAUCGUGUUCGCAAGGUCUGCCCACGCCGGCGGACAGAGGUUCCCUGUGCACUGGGGCGGUGAUUGCGAAUCGACAUUCGAAGCCAUGGCCGAGUCGCUACGAGGCAAUCUAAGCAUCACUGCGUCCGGCUUCGCGUUCGCGUCCCACGACAUUGGAGGGUUUGAGGGACACCCACCACCAGAGAUCUAUCAUCGCUGGGUUGCCUAUGGCCUCUUUUCUUCCCACUCGCGGUUGCACGGGUCGAUGUCCUACCGUGUUCCAUGGCAAUACGGAGAAGAGGCUGCGGUGUACAUGGCAAGGUUCCUUGACAUGAAGCACAGGCUCAUGCCGCACCUAUACCAGCUGUCACUCGAGGGCCACAUCAAGGGCCACCCCAUGCAGCGCGCCAUGUUCCUCGAGUUCCUUGACGAUCGCACCGCACACUACCUCGACCGCCAGUUCAUGCUCGGCCCUUCGCUGCUCGUCGCGCCCGUAUUUGUGCCCGACGGUGAAGAGUCGGAGUAUUACCUCCCGGCGGGCCGGUGGACGUCACUCUUCCACCCCUCGCGCACGCAGGUCGGGCCCAUCUGGAUCAAGGAGGUCGUUCCGCUCGACGAGAUCCCGGUUUGGGUCCGCCAGGGCGCGCUUCUGUGCCUCGGACCCGCCGACAUCGGGAAGCCGGACUAUGACUUUGGCGGCGUCGGGCUGGAGGUUCAGGUGUACGAGUUGGAAGAGGGGCAGGUCGUCAACACGGAGGUGCCAACUGGCCGGGGCAAGGAUACCGCAGGGGUCGUGGAAGCGAAGAUGGAGGGUGGGGAGAUCGUCGUGAACGUGUCCAACGGGACGGUGGCUUUGGCGUCGGUGAGCUACUUCGCCGGUGGCCAGAUCAAGACGGUGGAAGCCAAGGCCCAGACGACUGUUUCACUCAAGGCAUGA